CAGACACAGACAGACAGAGAGACACAGACAGACAGAGACACAGACAGACAGAGAGACACAGACAGACAGACACAGACAUACAGAGAGACACAGACGGACAGACAGACACAGACAGACAGAGAGACUCGCAUAUCGAGUGUUGUCGGACGUUUCUAGCGUCUGGAGCAGCAUCAUCAUCAGCAGCAUCAGCAGCAUAAGUAUCUGGAAUCAUCAUCAGCUGACAUUGCUAAAAGUAACAUCAUCAUCAGCAGCAGCAUCAUCAUCAGCAACAACAGCAGCAUCAUAAGUAUCUGGCGUCAUCAACUGACAUUUCUUAAAGUAGCAGCAGCAUCAUCAGCGGCAACAUCAUCAUUAUCAACAUCACCAUUAUCAGCAUCACCAUUAUCAACAUCACCAUUAUCAACAUCAUCAUUAUCAGCAUCACCAUUAUCAGCAUCACCAUUAUCAACAUCACCAUUAUCAGCAUCACCAUUAUCAGCAUCAUCAUUAUCAGCAACAUCAAAUCAGCAGCAUCACCACCGCCUAGCAUUAUCUGUGAGUCUGGAGGCGAUUUUUGAAUUCUCACUUGAAGGCUGGUCCGGUCUGAUUCAGUCUGAUCCAUUCGUCCGCUGUUAUCUUACUCGGGCUUGAUCUGCUCUUGUUUAGAUCGCAUAUGGUUUGAUCUGGCCUGGUCUGGCCUGGUUAUGAUCCAAUCUGGCUUUAUCUGGUCUGGUUUAGAUCUGAUUUGGGUUGAUCUGGUCUGGUUUAUAUCUAAUCUGGUUCGAUCUGGUAUGUUCCGGUCUGGUUUAGAUCUAAUCUGGUUCGAUCUGGCUUGAUCCGGUAUAGUUAUGAUUUAAUCUGGCUUGACGUGGUUCUUGUUUUGUGAUCUAAUCUGGUUUGAUAUGUCUUGAUUUGGUCUGGUUAUUAAUCUAGUCUGGUUUGAUCUGGCAUAAUGUGGUCUGGUGUUUAUCUAAUCUGGGUUGAUCUGGCUUAAUCUGGUUUGAUCCGGUCUGGUUUGAUCUGGUCUCGUUUGCCCUAAUCUGGUUUGGUUUUAUCUAUGAAAUUGCAAAUUAAUUCUGGGUGUAUUGAAGGCCACAUUAUUGGGGGCGUUAAUUCUCGGAUCGGGCUACUAUCCGCCACGGUCUCCCCUUCUGUGUGUGACGACGAUUCUCCGGUGACCGAGAUCCGAUUUAAAUUCAUCAUCAGCAGUAUCAUAGCAUCAGCAGUAUCAUCAGCAGUCUCGACAGGUAGCAUUUCAGCAGCAGUAACACAAGUAUUUAUAUCAUCAGCGGCAUCGUCGUCAUCAUUCGUGCCAUCGUUAAAUUACAGCGGCACCUGUACAAACUAUCAUCAUCAUCUGUAAAAUCAGCAGCAUCAUCAUCAGCAGCAGCACAAACAUCAGCAAGGUCAUCAGCAAGCAGCAAUCAACGAGAUCUUAAAGAAGCGCUGCUGAACAUCAGCACCAUCAGAAGCGGCAUCUGCAGAGAUCAUCAUCGCCGUCAGCAGCAGCAGCAGCAGCAACAGCAGCAGCGUCAGCGUCAGCUUCGCAAACCUUCCAAGAGCAUCAAGAGCGGAGACGUUUGGCUGAGAGUUAGAGCAACAAGCUAACCACGAGCAGGCGUUGGUACUGGGGUCGUGUUGGUGCAGCUGGUCAGCGCACGCAUGCGGUGAUAGCGCUAGAACACGCGGUAGCGACAGCGCAUGUGUUAGAUCAGCGGUGGCGUCGGUGCACAUGCCCGCACAGUGUUGGUGCUAGCACAGGCGUCGGUUGCGGGCGUUUGCGGUGCAGGUGUUAGCGCAGAGGCACUGACGGCACAGGCGUUAUAGCGCAGAGGAAGUGUUAAGUCCUGGCUCGGGCCAAGGCGUCAUUUUUAGGUGGUGGUGUUAGGCCAGGCGUUGACUCGUGCAGGCGUCCGCGCCCGAGCUAGCGCUGCGACAGACGAGCUGGUCGCAAACCCCGCGGGUCGGUGUCGCAGGUGACAGACAGACAGCGCAGCCGGCGCCAUCGCGGACUUGGCGGUGGGCGUUCGGGGCGUCCUCAUGCGUUGGCGGGGCCUUGCUGCCGGCGGCGGUGGAGACGGUGGCGUUAGAACGGGCGCUGGCAGCGCUCGGCUGUGCCGCCCGUUAGCGCGCCCGCCGAUGUUGGCGGCGAUGUGAGCGUCGGUGGCAACGUUUUGUGCGACCCGUUAGUAGCCUAACCAGCCCUUGCCGCUGGGCGACAUCGGGGGUCCGGCAGUAGACCCGGUGCUAUCCUCGGCAGUGCGGAGCGGCGUCGGGGGUUGACAGGGGCACACCACUCAGCCGUGCUGCCUUCAGUAGUACUGCCCGCAAGCGGUGCUUUACCCAGUGGUAGUUUAGUCAGCGGCGAACGGAGUCGCGCGCUCGGUAGCGCCGUACCCGGCGGUCGUGGUCAGUGGCUGACCACGGUAGUACUCCUGGUCGCACGCUCGGUAGCUCCGUACCCGGCGGUCAUAGUCAGUGGCUGACCACGGUAGUACUCCUGGUCGCCCGCUCGGUAGCGCCGUACACGGCGGUCGUAGUCAGUGGCUGACCACGGUAGUACUCCUGGUCGCACGCUCGGUAGCGCCGUACCCGGCGGUCGUAGUCAGUGGCUGACCACGGCAGUACCCUCGCCAGUACCCACGCUACCACCAUGAGCCUCCUGUCCAGCAUCGACACAAGCGCCUCGGUGUGCAACCCGGCGCAGCUGCUCCACUGGGUCUACCUGUCCCUCCAGGAGCCGCACUCCGUACACGCCCCCCCUCCUACGCAUCCUCACCACCACGCUCACCAACACCACGCUCACCAACGCCACGCUCACCACCACCACCACCACGCCGCCGUCACGGCCGCGGCCGCCACCGCGGCCACGACCGGCACGGCCGCGGCCGCGACUUCCCAGUCUGGAGGGGGCGGCGCCGGAGUCAACGCGACGAUGGAACGCUUCCGCCCGGAGAACGGAGGAGGAGGAGGAGGAGGAGCGUUUACGGCUGGCGAGCCGUUCCCGGGCUCUCUGCGGCGCCACGCGUCCCUCACGUCGCUGGCCGGCGCUCUGGCCUCCGCCUCUCUGUGCUCGGAGCCAUUCUCCCCCGAGCUGGGCCUCUCCCGCGAGGGGAACCCCCGGGCCGGGAAGAGGCCCCCCCCCAACUACCUGUGCCACCUGUGCUUCAACAAGGGCCACUACAUCAAGGACUGCCCACAGGCGAGGCCCAAGGGCGAGGGCUUGACUCCCUAUCAGGGCAAGAAGCGCUGCUUUGGCGAGUACAAGUGCCCCAAGUGCAAGCGCAAGUGGAUGAGUGGAAACUCGUGGGCCAACAUGGGGCAGGAGUGCAUCAAGUGUCACAUCAACGUGUACCCUCACAAGCAGAGACCGCUGGAGAAGCCGGACGGGCUGGACGUGUCAGAUCAGAGCAAGGAGCACCCCCAGCACCUGUGCGAGAAGUGCAAGGUGCUGGGAUACUACUGCCGUAGAGUGCAGUAGAUAGACUCACACACACUCACACACACACACAUAGACAUA